AUGGGUUCUUCUUCUAGAGCUGUUUUCUCGUGGGGUUGCUGGGUCUUUUCAUGGUGGUUUUGUUUGUCGUCUUUAGCAGAUGCAACAGAGCAUGUGAAGGUGAAAGUGCAAACAGUGACCUCCAUUGCUAAGACUGAUGAUAACUUCAUAUGUGCAACUUUAGACUGGUGGCCUCAAAAUAAAUGUGAUUACGGUCAGUGCCCAUGGGAAAAAGCUGGCAUCUUCAACUUGGAUUUGGACAACAAGAUUCUUCAAAAUGCCAUCAAAGCGUUUGGCCAUCUUCGAAUCAGGAUUGGAGGUUCUCUUGAAGAUCAAAUUGUGUAUCAGGUUGGAACUGCAGUAAAGAAAUGCCCAAGCUUGAAAAAGAUUGAUGAUGGCUUGUUUGGCUUCAGCAGAGGUUGCCUUACAAUGAAGAGAUGGGAUGAGCUUAAUGCUUUAUUCAACAGAACAGGGGUCUUGUUAACAUUUGGCUUGAAUGCUCUUCUUGGAAGGAGAAAAGCUAAAGAAGAUAAUGUCCUUUGGGUAGGAGAUUGGAAUCCUAAGAACGCCCGCGAUUUAAUGACCUACACAGCCAACAAAGGAUACAAGAUUGACUCCUAUGAACUUGGAAACGAACUUUCCGCAGGUGGGGUGUCUGCUAGAGUAGAGGCAGAUCAGUAUGGAAAAGACAUGAUUGUACUCAAAAACAUAGUGAAAGAGUUGUAUCCAAAUGAAACCACACGUCCACUUGUCUUGGGACCUGGUGGCUUUUAUGAUGAGAAAUGGUUCAGUACUUUCCUUCUAACAUCAGGACCAGGCGUCGUGGAUGCUGUAACUCAUCAUACAUACAACCUUGGUGCAGGUGUUGAUAAAGACUUGAUCAACAAGGUUCAGGAUCCAUUUUUCCUCGAUCAAGUAGCUCAGACAUACAAGGAUGCAGAAAUCAGUGUACGAUUGUUUGGACCCUGGGCAAAAACAUGGGUUGGAGAAGCAGGUGGAGCUUAUAACAGUGGAGGCAAAGAUGUCUCUCAUACCUUUGCAAAUGGAUUCUGGUAUUUGGAUCAAUUAGGAAUGACAUCAACUUUCAAUCACCAAGUUUUCUGCAGACAAGCCUUAAUUGGAGGAAAUUAUGCUCUUCUCAACACAACUUCUUUCAUCCCUAAUCCAGAUUAUUAUGGUGCUCUGUUGUGGCAUCGACUUAUGGGCAAAAAUGUUCUUGCUACCACUCAUGAUGGAUCUCCUUAUUUGCGAGCUUACUCUCAUUGCUCAAAAAAUAGUACUGGCAUUACUAUCCUCCUAAUCAACAUGUCGAAUUCCACUACUUUUCAUGUUUCAGUAGUGAAUGACCUCAAUCUGUACCCUCAAAGAAAAUUAAUGCAAAGCUACGGCACAACGGAACAAAGAGAAGAGUAUCAUCUAACUCCAGAAAAAGGCAACAUCCAAAGUGAUGUGUUGCUGUUGAAUGGCACUCCACUGGAGCUCACUGAAUCAUCUGAUAUCCCAGGUCUUUAUCCCCAGGUUGUUGACGCUUCUGAGCCGAUUAUUGUGGUGCCCGAUUCAGUAGUGUAUGCCAGAAUGAAAGGCUUUAAAGCCCCUGCUUGUGCAUAG